AUGUCCCACAGGAAAUCCAGGACCCCGCCCAUCAGUCUCAGCGCCCGAGGAUUAAAACCCUCCCAAAAGAGGCACAAAAACCGCGCUCCAUCUCUCUCCUGGACCCAUUAAUUCCCCACCAUCCCCUCACGCCAAACGUUAAGAGCCCCCCAAAACUCUUUUUUUUGGCAACCUUAUUCGUGUUCUCUUGCGUCCUUUUUCGGAUCUAGGGCACAAACCCUAGCUCCCCAAUCCUCCGCCGCCUCCCACCCGUUGUCGAAAUGUCGGCCGCCGACGCUGAGAAGAAGACGGGGGAGGGGGAGAAAGCGGCGGCUGCCGCCGGGGAGAUGCUGUAUUGCGGUGGCACCAACUGGGAUGUCUUGGGCCGCAAGGCCGGAGGACCUCUCACCGGGAAUCUCGUCUCCCCCACCCGCCUCCGCCCCCUUGUUGGGGUCGACAUCUGCUUCGUUGCCUCUGGCUGCACUUCUUGCCAUUGCGUGGCUUUGGAUGUUGAAGGCCGUUGCUAUACAUGGGGACGGAAUGAGAAGGGACAAUUGGGACAUGGGGAUGCUCUUCAAAGAAAUUUGCCAACUAUUGUGUCUGGGUUGUCAAAGUAUAAAAUUAUCAGAGCUGGUACCGGGAGGAACCAUACAGUUGUGGUAACUGAAGAUGGGAAAUCUUUCUCUUUUGGUUUGAAUAAGCAUGGGCAAUUGGGGUCAGGUUCAACAAAGAAUGAAAUCGAGCCCUCUCCUGUUGCUUGUUUGGUUUCUGAAGCCACGAAUGCUGUUUGUGGGGCUGAUUUUACUGUAUGGCUGUCAUCAGUGGAAGGCUCCUCCAUAUUAACGGCAGGUCUACCACAGUAUGGACAACUUGGUCAUGGAACAGACAAUGAGUAUAAUGUCAAAGAAAGCUCUGUAAAACUAGCCUAUGAGCCUCAGCCUCGUCCACGAGCGAUAGCUGCAUUUUCAGGAAAAACAAUUGUUAAAGUUGCCUGUGGAACUAACCAUACAGUUGCUGCUGAUUCAAGUGGCUUUGUUUACACCUGGGGAUUUGGUGGAUAUGGAAGGCUGGGUCACAGAGAGCAGAAGGAUGAAUGGGUUCCUCGUCUUGUUGAAGUAUUCCAAAGGCAGAACGUUCUACCACCUGAUGCUAUAGUCUCAGCAGGUUCUGUCAGUUCUGCAUGCACUGCUGGAGGAGGUCAGUUGUAUAUGUGGGGAAAAUUGAAGACCACGGGCGAUGACUGGAUGUAUCCUAAGCCAGUUAUGGAUUUGAGUGGGUGGAAUAUUCGAUGCAUGGCCUCUGGUUAUAUGCACCAUGUUGUUGGUGCUGAAGAUUCAUGCAUUAGUUGGGGUCAUGCUCAGUACGGGGAGCUUGGUUAUGGUCCCCUAGGACAGAAGUCUUCUGCGAACCCCAAAAAAGUUGAUAUUCUUAAUGGCAUGCAUGUGACAAGCGUGGCCUGUGGAUUGGGUCUUUCUCUGAUUGUUGUUGGUAGAGCAAAUGUUGGUGAUCGACUGGAUCAGGUUCUGGGGAAGGCUUUUAUUGUCCGUCAUGCACCCACGGUGCUUUACAGCAUCAGACUACAUUACAAAGGCUGGAAGUUUACAAUGGUGAAAGUUCUGCUGAUGGAACAGAAGAAAAAGAAAAUGAAAAUAUCACAACUGGUAAGAACACGAACAAAAGUGCUGCUAAUUCUUCUGCAAAUUCGAAGAAAAGGAAGAAUGGGGACUCAUCAGAUUAUGAAGAUGAAGGGGAUGAAAGCAAUGAUGAUGAAGACAUGAAUGGCGAGAUUCAGGGCACAAAGGGUAAGCGGGGUGGCAAAUCAUCUGGUAGAGGCCGAGGAAGGGGUGCCAGGAAGGGGGUAACUCAGGUGAGGAGUUCAGGAAGAGGGAGGGGUCGUCCUAAAUCUGCGAAAGGUUCUGGCCGUGGCCAAGGGCAUCUUGAAGCUGAGAAAGCAAGCUCAGGACGUGGUCGUGGGAGAGGGAGGGCUGGGAAGAGGGGGAGGUCUAGUAGGUGAUCAUUUACCAGUAGACACAAAUUUUGUUUGGGAUAGCAUAGCAAAUUGGGUAGCCUGGAUGCUGUGACCUGAGGGUUUCUUUAUUUUAACAUUUAUUUCAAUUCUAAUGGUUUCCUCAACAUGUUACUGGACUUCUAAUUGUCACUUUAGGAUGGGCCAAAAGCAAGAAAAUGUUGUAUAUCCAUUUGUUUUUUAAUUUCUGUUGGUGUUAAAGCAACUGUCAUUUUAUGCUAUUGUUUAUUUGUACUCCA